AUGGCAACCUCAAAGGUCUUAGGGGCUGCUUUCAUUGCUUUGCUUAUUGUGGACCUUGCAUUUGCUGCUAGGGUUACGGAUAGGUUACUUGGGGGAAGAAGUGGCGGUGGCGGUGGCGGCGGUGGCAGUGGCGGAGGAGGUGGCGGUGGUGGUAGUCUUGGACGUGGUUCCGGGUAUGGAUCAGGGUAUGGCUCGGGUGAGGGUGAAGGGUACGGUGGAGGAUCACUAGGAGGAGGCGGGGGUGGCGGUGGAGGCAGAGGAGGAGGUGGCGGUGGCGGUGGUGCUACGGGAGGUUCGGGGUACGGGUCCGGAUAUGGGUCAGGGUAUGGAUCCGGAUACGGGUCUGGUGGUGGUGCGAAUGGUGGCGGUGGUGGAGGAGGUGGAGGCAAAGGUGGUGGAGGCGGAGGUGGAGGUUCUAAUGGUUCAGGGUAUGGCUCAGGCUCUGGAUACGGUGAAGGAGGUGGUUAUGGUCAAGGAGGUGGAAAUGGAGGACGAGGCGGUGGCGGUGGCGGUGGUGGAGGAGGAGGUGGAGGUGGUGGCGGCGGCGGUGGUAGUGGAGGUUCUGGUUAUGGUAGUGGCUCUGGGUAUGGGUCUGGUUGGGGUGGGGGAGGAAAUUAUGAGUCCCCUUAA